CGGGAAGCUGUGCAGGAAAUUCAAAUCGCUUCGAAGAUGGAGACCAAGCGGGUGGAGCAGGUCACCAUCAUCAGCCUCCGCAAGCUGAGCCUGGGAGCCGCAGAGUCACCGCCGAAAGAGGCAAAGACGUUCACCGUGGAAGAUGCCGUGGAGACCAUCGGAUUCGGGCGUUUCCACAUCGCCCUGUUCCUGAUCAUGGGAAGCACGGGGAUUGUCGAGGCCAUGGAGAUCAUGUUAAUAGCGAUCGUGUCUCCUGUCAUCCGCUGUGAAUGGUAUCUGGAGAACUGGCAGGUGGCACUAGUGACCACGAUGGUGUUUUUCGGCUACAUGGUCGCCAGCAUCCUCUUUGGCCUCCUGGCUGACAGAUACGGCCGCUGGAAGAUUUUGCUCAUCUCAUUCCUCUGGGGAACCUACUUCUCCUUGCUGACCUCCUUCUCUCCCUCGUACGCCUGGUUUGUCUUCCUGCGGAUGAUGGUGGGCUGCGGCGUGUCCGGCCACGCACAAGGGAUAGUCAUAAAGACGGAAUUUUUGCCUACAAAAUACCGCGGCUACAUGCUCCCCUUGUCGCAGGUUUUCUGGCUCAUUGGCUCCCUGCUCAUCAUCGGCCUGGGCUCCGUGGUCAUCCCCACCAUCGGGUGGCGCUGGCUCAUCCGCAUCGCCUCCAUUCCUGGCAUCAUCCUCAUCCUGGCCUUCAAGUUCAUUCCCGAAUCUGCUCGGUUCAACGUGUCCACCGGGAACACCCAGGCCGCCCUGGCCACGCUGCAACACAUCGCCAAGGUGAACCGCUCGGUCAUGCCGGAGGGGAGGCUGGUGGAGCCCAUCCUGGAAAAAAGAGGAAGGUUUGCAGACCUAUUGGAUGCUAAAUAUUUACGGACCACGUUACAGAUCUGGGUGAUAUGGCUGGGCAUCUCUUUCGCCUACUAUGGGAUCAUCCUGGCCAGCGCCGAGCUGCUGGAGCGGGACCUGGCCUGCGGUUCGAGGCCCGCGUCCGGGACCUCCGGGACCUCGGAGGGGAGCCCGAGCUCCUGCCGCUGCCGCGUGUUCACCCCCUCCGACUACCAGAUCAUGAUCUUCAGCACCAUCGGUGAAAUUGCUCUGAACCCUCUGAACAUCCUGGGCAUUAACUUCCUGGGCCGGCGGCUGAGCCUCUCCAUCACCCUGGGAGGCACGGCUCUGUUCCUCCUCCUCCUCAACAUCUGCACCUCAAGGGCCGGCCUCAUCGGCUUCCUCUUCAUGCUGCGGGCGCUGGCGGCAGCCAACUUCAGCACCAUCUACAUUUACACCGCCGAGGUCUACCCCACGGCGAUUCGCUCUUUGGGGAUGGGGACCAGCGGCUCCCUGUGUCGCAUUGGAGCGAUGGUGGCACCGUUUAUAUCCCAGGUUCUUCUGGACACAUCGUUGCUGGGCGCCCUGUGUCUUUUCGCGUCUGUCUGUGUUGUAUGCGCCAUUUCUGCAUUUACUCUCCCCAUUGAGACCAAAGGCCGGGCCCUCCAGCAAAUGAAAUGAAGACCUGCAAACCCAUCUACCAAAGAAAAAUGCAUUUUAUCUUCAAGAAGAGCUGUGGCACCUUCUU